AUUAUUUAUGAGCCAAAACCGAAAGGGGUUUCCGCGAGCGUAGGUCACUCAGAGUAUCAUAACACUUCCUUUCGGCGCUCGGAAUGCGUUACAUAUUCGUACAUUUUAAUUUUAAUAACUCUACCAUAUAAAUACGUGCGCCCCCGGUUCAUUAUCAUUCGUGGUGUAGACAACAAACAAUACAAACAUGUUUUCAAAGAUCGCAGUCCUCGCUCUACUCGUGGCGGUAGCCCAAAGCAGCCCCUCCCACGGAGGCUACGAGUACUCGUAUGGAGUGUCGGACCCCCACACCGGCGACGUGAAGAGCCAGCACGAGACCCGCGUGGGCGACAGCGUGCGCGGGCAGUACUCGCUGCUGGAGUCUGAUGGCACGAAGCGCACUGUCGACUACGCCGCUGACGCGCAUACUGGGUUUAACGCUGUUGUGCGCAAAGAUCCUGGCCUGCACCCGGCUCCGGUCGCCAUCGCCGCUCACGCCGCCCCCGUUGCAUACGCCGCUCCUCUCGCCCACGCCGCUCCCGUUGCAUACGCCGCUCCUCUAGCCCACUCCGCUCCCGCCACGUACGCCGCUCCUCUCGCCCACGCCGCUCCCUUGGCAUACGCCGGCCACGCCGCGCCCGUAGCCUACUCUUCCCACGUUACCCACGCCGCUCCGUUAGCUCACGCCGCCUAUGCCGCUCCCAUCGCUCAUGGCGCCGUCUCUUAUGGCGCCCAUGGUCUCGGCCUCGGUUAUGGCGCUCACGGCCUAGGUCUUGGUAACGGCCUGGGAUACGCCGGUCUUGGAUUGGGCCAUGGACUCGGUUAUGGCGCGCAGUACGGAGGAUGGUAAACUUCUGAAAACUCACCGCCCUUGUUAAA